UAGCUUUUAGGUCCGGCAGCACUGCAGAAAUGGCAGAGUUUGGGAUCUCUCCUGGCCAGCUUGUGGCAGUGUUCUGGGACAAGUCAUCUCCUGAGGAGGCCCUAAAAAAACUGGUAGAUAGUCUUCAAGGGUUAACUGGCAGUGAGGGCCAAAUAUUCACGGAAAACAUCAGCCAACUGUUGCAGUCUGCCCAUAAAGAAUCCAGCUUCGAUGUUAUUCUGUCGGGUGUAGUCCCAGGAAGCGCCUCUCUGCACAAUGCUGAGGUUCUGGCUGAGAUGGCCAGAAUCCUUCGGCCAGGGGGAUGUCUUUUUCUGAAGGAACCAGUGGAGACAGCUGUAGUUAAUGAUGACAAAAUGAAGACGGCCUCUAAACUGUGUUCGGCCCUGACUCUUUCUGGCCUUGUGGAAGUAAAAGAGUUGCAGCGGGAGUCCUUAAGCCCCGAGGAGGUGCAAUCUGUCCAGGAACACCUGGGCUACCACAGUGACAGCCUGCUCUCAGUUCGUAUCACCGGCAAGAAGCCUAACUUUGAAGUGGGCUCUUCCAGCCAACUUAAGAUUUUCAGCAACAAGAAGUCUUCAGUGAAGCCUGUUGUGGAUCCUGCUGCUGCCAAGCUCUGGACCCUCUCAGCCAAUGACAUGGAGGAUGACAGCAUGGAUCUCAUUGACUCAGAUGAACUGCUAGAUCCAGAAGAUUUGAAGAAGCCCGAUCCAGCCUCCCUGAAGGCUCCUUCAUGUGGGGAAGGGAAAAAGAGGAAGGCCUGUAAGAACUGCACUUGUGGCCUUGCAGAAGAACUGGAAAGAGAGAAGUCAAAGGAGCAGGGUACUCAGCCCAAGUCUGCCUGUGGAAAUUGCUACCUGGGGGAUGCUUUCCGCUGCGCCAACUGCCCCUACCUUGGGAUGCCAGCCUUCAAGCCUGGAGAACAGGUGCUCCUGAGCAAUAGCAAUCUUCAGGAUGCCUAGGAGGAACCUCAAGCACACACACCUGCUCCUCCAGCCAACUCCUUCCCUCAGCCCACCACUGCCUCCUCCCACCUCUGGAUUGUAGCAGAGGGAAGCUGCUGUGGUGCAGUGGUGUGUGGUGCUGCUGUGUCUUGAAAGACCAAGGUGUGAAGGGGCCUUCCUCUUAUAGUGUUAGGAGAAGGGGUUGUACAUAAGGGUCCCCUUCUGAUGUGACAGUGCUGACCUUUCCACCCUUGAGUCUAGACCUGGAAUAUUAAUGCUGUACAAGCUCCAGGCUCUGCUCAGUGAUGCUGCCACCUACUGGUCUUCCUCAGUGUGUAAUUCUUGGAGCCGUGGUCAGCUGUGAAAGGGCCUCGGGCACCAAAGAAGUCACUCCCCAGUUGCUGUGAUCCAUCUUGUGUCCCUCUGCCCUUCCCACCUCAUCCCAUUUUGCUGUAGUGUUGUAUCUGUGUCCUGUUGUCAUUUCUGUUAAACAAUAGAUAUUAAACUUUCAUGUUUCUAUGUA